UCUGAUAUGACCUUGACCUUUAAUUGACCUUGGCUGCAAAGGUGAAAUUUUUGAAAUGCUUGAAUUGACAUAACUUUGUUAUCAUAUUUUGAUUUCCAGGUUUGUUAAAUUUUCCCAUUUUUUAGCUUUUCAAUUUGCAAGUCAUAAUCAAGCGAAUAAUUUACAAACUGAACUUACAGUUUUAUUGAUUUACUUGGAUAAAAUUAUUUCAGGUACCUAUGACCUUCAACAAGAAAUACCUCUGCAGUCCCAAGGUAUGCCAACAGCAACUUACAACAGCUAUACUCCCAGUAAAGGACUAAAGAUUCCAAAAGCAGACUAUAUAAUUCAGCAAAAUUUGAAUGAAACAGAUGUCCAUCCAGGAUACUGCCAGUUUGGUGGCCCGGGCUCUAAUGUACUGGUUACAUUAAAAUGGAAGAAAACUAUGGAAGCAAGAACGAAACACUUUAAACCAGCCCACGCGGUGAAAAAAUACAUCGAUGGCUUCUUUAAUCCUUGGGAUCUGCAGGGCCUUACAUCAGGGUCGUUGGCGGGUAUGACUGGGGACAAAAAAGAAAUUUUUGAAGCGCUUGAAUUAUUCGCCACAAGUGAAUUUGGCUUCAACAGUACACAGUUCAACCGCAUUAUAAAUACAAAGGCAGGAACAUCCAGGAGGGCUAUGAAUGUUAAUUUCCCCGAUUAUGCUGUGCCAAAACGAAAGAAGUUUAUCCCUUAACCUACUGAAUAGUAGAAAUGGACUCAUCUGCCAUCUCAUAUUUUUGGACAAAACCAUUCAUCAGUUUUAGGGGAAAUUUUGCAAAAUAUGUACAUUCUGAAUAGCGAACAGUUCAGACCAUGACAGGUUUUUUUCUGGCCCAUGUGUGAUGAUUGGUAUUGAGUCAUAUUCCCAAUGCCAAAAAGUAUAUGAGCCCCGUCACGACAAAACCAACAUAAUGGGUUUGCGACCAGCAUGGAUCCAGACCAGAUCAGGAUCCAUGCUGUUUGCUUACUAACCUUAUAACAAGUAG